GUUAAGUAUUUUUUUACUAUAUAAUUACUGUAAUGAUUGUGAAAACGUUAAAUGUCACUUUUAUUAGCUGUUAAGAUGAAUAAUUUAUCAAUAAAUUGUGAUUUUAUGAUUAAAUAAUACAUCAAAAUAAUAUAUUAUGUCUUAUAUAAAUGCCUAUAAAAAUCGUUCAAACCACAAUGGAACAUCUGAAGAUGAAAAACAAACAUUACUUGUUUUUGGUUAUUCAUGUAAAUUGUUUAAAGAUGACGAAAAAGCACUGUUCAUUGAUCAAGGUAAACAUUUAAUACCAUGGAUGGGUGAUGAUACACUUAAAAUUGACAGGUAUGAUUGUCGUGGAGCUUUAAGCGAUUUAAAAUCUGUAGAAGCUCUACCAUUUGGUCAAAGUCAAUGGGAAGGAUUAACCCCCGAAGAAAAAAAGAUAGAGCAAUUGUGUGAUGAAGAAAGGUACAAAUCACUUAAUGAUAAAUCAGAAGAAGAACAAAUAUAUCAAGAGGAAGAAUUAAAACGUUUACAUCAAGCUUUAAACAAUGAAGAAAAAGAGUAUGGUCAAGUUGGCUACAAGUAUGAAGAUGAAAUUACUAAUUCAUCUGAAAUAAAACCUGUGGAAGAUACUGAUUAUGAGACAGAAUUAGAAGAAGCUUUUAUUCCACCUAGAGAAUUGGAUAUACCAUCAAAUAUGCAUGUGCCUCCUACAAAGAAACUUAAUGCUAUAAUUGAAAAAACAGCAUUGUUUAUUUCUAAACAUGGAGCACAAAUGGAAGUACUUUUAAAAGCUAAACAAGCUCAUAAUCCACAGUUUGAAUUUUUGUCCUAUGACCAGCCACUUUAUCCUUAUUACCAACAUGUGCUUGCAGCAAUUCGUUCAUGUCGAUAUAAUCCUACUCUGGUGAAUGACAGCACAGAAGAUUCAUUAGACUCAUCAAAUGAAGAUAGUUAUUUACACCCAAGCUUGUUAAAAAGUGCAAAACAACAUGAAUCGGCUCCAUUUAUACCAAAUAUCUUGUAUAAACCCUCUGCUGACUGUUCCUAUUCAUUACUUGUUAAUAAAAUAAAAGAAAAACAAUCUGCUAUGCCAGUCGAAGAAGAAAUUUCUAAAAAUGAAGAUUUAACUUGUAGUACUAAUGUAAUUAUAUCUGAAUUUGAUGGAUUAACUAAAUCAGCUAGAAGGAGAUUGAAAAAAAAGUUAGUUUCCCAAUCAGCAUUAAAUGCUUCUAAUUCUCCAGAGUCAGAUGAAGCAAACAUAAUUGAAAAACCAACUGCAAAAGAAGAAAUUUACAAAGAAUCUAAUAUAACAAAUACACCUCAACCAAUUGUGGCUAGUGGAAUUGAAGUCCCACCUACAGAUUUGCAAAUUAUUAUAGAUAAGAUGGCUUCAUAUGUCACAAAAAAUGGAAAGCAAUUUGAAGAGACUGCAAGAAUGAGACAGGAUCCAAGACUCAAAUUUUUAGAACCAACUGAUUGUUUUAAUGCUUACUAUUUACAAAAACUUAAACUUUAUGCAACUAUUAAACGUUUAGAACAAACAGCUCCUUCAAAAUCUACAUUGGAAUCUAAAGCAACUUCUAAGUUACCUGUUUGCUUUUCAUUAAAAAAGCAAAAGGAAGCGGAAGCAAUGGAAAUAAAAAAAAGUGCUUUGAAUGAUAGUUCAAAUGAGAUGAGUGAUGAUGAUCAUAAUAAAGAUCUCUCCAAAAGAAUUGAUCAGAAUCCCAAUAAAACAAACAAAUCUUUGAAAAAAAAUCCUUUACAAAACUCAGCAAGAUUAGCCGAAGAAAGAUUAAAAGAUAAACUUGCUAUGGCUGCAAAAGAAAAACUUGCUUUGCUAGAAAGAGAAAGAACUAAAAAGGAAAAGGAAAAAAUUCAAGCUGAACGUAAAAGAAAAGCUGCUCAAUUUUUAGCUGCAAUGAAAAUUGUUCCUUCAUCGAGUAAAAAUUCAACAUCUAAUAUAGAUGAAAAACCUACUUUAUCAGAAAAUAUUCCUAAUGAGAUUGAAAAAUCUGAAGUAAAAAAAUUAGUCAACACAGAGAAUGGUGGUUUAUCUAAUAAUAAUUUAAUAUCUGAUUCGUGCUCAAAAGGACUUGAUGUUAUAUCUAUUGGUUCAAGCGAUGAAGAAAUAAGUAGUAGUAAAGAUAUAAAUGGUGAUAAAAUAAACAAAUCUUCUUUACAAACUAGACUACAAGAAACGUUAUCUAGAGAAGAAAAACGCAAAAGAUUAGAUAAUUACGAAAAAGAAAAAGAUUUUUAUAAGCGAAUGAAACGGUAUGAUGAAGCAAAGGAAAAAUCUUCUGAUUGUCAUUAUUUGUCUCGUGAAAAAGAUCGAAGUAGGAGACACUCAAAAAAAACUCAUUCCAAUCGCCAUAGUUCAUCUAAGGAUCAUAAAAGAGAUCGUAGUCGAAGACAUUCAAAACACAAACAUAAAUCGAAAAAAUCAAAAAAAAAAUCUCACAAUCGCAGCUCAAAUUCUGACUCUUCGGAUGACAGUGACUAUACCAAUAAUAGUCAUCAAUCAUAAAUAAUUUUUUGUUAUGAUCUUAUUUUAUUUUGUAUAUUAUUGUGAAAGAAAAUAUUAACUGAUAUUAUGUAAUAUUCAGCUUGUAAGCUAUUUUACGACAUUGUUAGUUUGUUAUUUUUGUAUAUAACAUUAAAAUUUAUUUUCUGUAAA